GCAAGGGAUGUGUUUGCUUCCUUAUUUCCCUGCGUUUCUCCUUUGAGCUCAUUGUCACAGUGACACUCGCCUGAACUGCACAGUGAGGAGAAGACGGUGUCUCUGCUGAGCUGAGCUCUGCAGGCACAGGGACCCCCGUCUUCCUGAAGCGUCUCCAGGGCCUGGGUGACCACAGUCCAUGGGGAGGACCUGGGCAGGUGACUGGGCAGAGGGUGAAGGGACCCGGUGGGGGAGGCCCUGACCUAGAAGGACGGCCUUCGGUUCCCUCACCUGCUAGGGGAGUCUCAGGAGGCUCAGGAUCUAUUUCCUGUUACAUCAUGGGAAUGCGAGUCAAGCUCCUGGGAAGACGAUGUUCCUGGGAAGACAGAGCCCCUUUCUGAGGGGCUGCUGGUGCACUGCACUGCAACAGGGACCGUCAGCCUCCCAGUGACAACACGCUGAGUGUCUGUCCAACCUGAGGACUCCAUGGUCUCUUCCUUCUGCACAGCUGGGUUCAGAGAGGAGACACCAUGCCCUCCACCCUCACGGCCUUGCUCUGCCUCGGACUGAGUGUGGGCCUAAGGACCCCAGUGCAGGCAGGGACCCUCCCCAAACCCACCCUCUGGGCUGAGCCAGGCACUGUGAUCCCCUGGGGGAGCUCAGUGACCAUCUUGUGUCAGGGGGCUCUACAAGCUGAGGAGUACCAUUUGUACAAAGAUGAAAUUUCAGAGCCCUGGUUCAAACAGAAGACACUGGAUCCCAGGAACAAGACCAAGUUCUCCAUCACACAGAUGACAGCACGUACUGCAGGGAGAUAUCAGUGUUACUAUCUCAGCCAAGGUGUCUGGUCAGAGCACAGUGACCCCCUGGAGCUGGUGGUGACAGGAGCCUACAGCAAACCCAGGCGCUCAGCCCUGCCCAGCGCUGUUGUGACCUCAGGAGAUACCGUCAUCCUCCAGUGUGGCUCACGGCAGGGAUUUGAGAGGUUCAUUCUGACUAAGGAAGGAGAAGACAGGCUCUCCUGGACCCUGGACUCACAGCCUCACCCCAGUGGGCAGUUCCAGGCCCUGUUCUUCAUGGGUCCUGUGACCCCCAGCCACAAGUGGAUGUUCAGAUGCUAUGGAUAUAGCAGGAACACACCCCAAGUGUGGUCACAGCCCAGUGACCCCCUGGAGCUCCUGGCCUCAGGUAUGUACAGGAAGCCCUCCCUCUCAGCCCAGCCAGGGCCCCUGGUGCUGCCUGGAGACAACCUGACCCUCCAGUGUCACUCAGAGCCUGGCUUUGACAGAUUUGCUCUGACCAAGGACCAGGGGACCACACCCCAACAGUGUCUCCAUGGGCAGCACAGCCCCGACUUCCCCCAGGGCCCUGUGAACCUCACCCAUGGGGGCCAGUACAGGUGCUACAGUGGACAAAACCUCUCCUAUGUGUGGUCAUACCCCAGUGCCCCCCUGGACAUCCUGAUUGCAGGAAUAUACAAGAAACCCUCCCUCUCUGCCCAUCCAGGGCCCUCAGUGCCCUGGGGAGAGAACGUGACCCUGCAGUGUUGCUCUGAGGUCAGGGCUGAUACCUUCCACCUGCACAGGGAGGGGUCUCUGGAUCCUCCCCAGCAGCUUCAUCUCCAGGACACGGCUGCCCCCUCUCAGGCCAACUUCACCAUCAGCCCUGUCACCUGGGGCCACCAUGGAAUUUACAGGUGCUACAGCUCACACAGCUCCUCCCCCUUCCAGCUGUCACAGCCCAGUGACCCCCUGGAACUCCUGGUCUCAGGGGCAGCCGACACCAUCAGCCCAUCACAAAACAAGUCAGACCCCAGGACCUCACACCCCCAGUGCUACACCAUGGAAAAUCUCAUCCACAUGGGCAUGCCUGGAUUGGUCCUGGUGGUCCUCGGAGUGCUGAUCUUUCAGGCUUGA